GUCAAUUACACUAGAUAUUUGACUGUGACGAUGUUGGUUCAUAUAGCCAUUGUCUCAAAGUAGAAUAGAACGUUUUCGUUGAUGGACAAGAGCUGAUAAAAGAUAACCGCGACAGUAGCAUUUGAUCCUCUGUAUGGAAAACAUCUCUAUAGUGGUCGUCGGUCGGGAACGACCUAAUUGAAUCAAUUGAACAAGCGUCUUCCGUUAAUUUGCGGGUCUGCAAAGUGCGUGUGUCUGCUAAAGUUUGUGUGAUGCUGGUGAUGUGGAUACCGGAGUCCGAUAUUCGAUGAUCGUUUACGCUGACUUUAAAAUGAACAGAUUACAAAUAUGUAUACUGGUGUUAUUCAGCUCUGUGUCUGCUAAACAGAUGACGGAUAUUGAAGCUCUUGCAUCAACGCCAACUAGAUGUACCUAUGAAUAUGCGUAUGAUAUGUACGGGGCCCACUGCGGUGGUCUCAGAUUAAAUAAGAUACCAAGUCUUAGAGCUGGAAUAGAGAUCCUUGACUUUAGUGACAAUAAACUACAAGAAAUACACGAUGACACCUUAUCUUCGUAUACCAGCAUAAAAUUCCUAUAUCUGUCUGAAAACCAAAUAUACUCUAUUGACGAGAAUGCAUUCUACUACCUAACUAAUCUCCAAACUCUAGAUCUGUCUAAGAACGUUAUUCUGACCCUGCCAGAGUCAAUUUUCCACUUGCCAACUUUGCGUAAUCUGUAUUUACACGGAAACCCUCUACUGCAUAUUCGUUUAAGCAACCUUCAAUUGACGAAGCCUCUAAAAGCCCCGUUAGAACUUUUGGACUUAUCAGAGUGUAAGUUAAAAGCUCUACCGGACUGGGGUAUUUUGCCUCAACUACUUCUUUAUAAUAUCUCACACAAUCCUUUAACUUCUCUUGAGGCUCAGCACUUUAGUUCUAUGUGCAAGUUAUCCAAAGUGGAUCUGACAGAGUCUAUUGACAGUCUAGAGUUAUGUGACAUGAGAUCUACAAUAUCGUGGUUCCAGCUCAAGAACAUUUACUUUCAAUUAGCAGAUUACACCAAGCUUAAUUCUCGAGAGUUCGAGCACUGUACAAAAGAAGAACUGCCUGAAAAUCUCAACAAAACAUAUCAUCAAUGCCAAAAUCAAUACACACAGGCUCAGAUAAUAAAGUCUUCACGUCGUACAUGGCUCACCAUCGGUGGUGGUUUGGCCGGAUUCCUCGUAGGAUUCGUCUUAUUCCUUUACGUCAUGCACAGACAUAACGUGGCACAAACGAAAAAGCUCGAUAAGGAGACUAAGAAAAUCCCUCCAGAUGGCGACAAACAAGCAUCUACCGUCCUUUUAAAUGAUGUAGCAUAAGUUAAAUGGAUAAUUUUUAAAUAAGUUUCGUAUUAGUAAUAUGUAAAGCGCAAAUGGUUACGGUUUCCAAACAUACUUCUUGAAGUGUAUAAAAACUAAAUCAGUCUAUUUGCACUUAUUUAACUGAAUUACUCUUUUGUCAAUUUCUGUCAAUUUUAUUCACGCUGCGAUGAAGAGACUGAUGAGUGAGUAUUUUAGUGAAAAAAAUGCAACAACACUGAUUUAUUUAAAAAAAAUAUUGCUGGUGAGCAUUGACCGACCUAUCCCAAAGAGUUUCGUCAAACCAACCCACAAGAAACACAUGAGAGAAUCAGAAAUUUCGUUGAUAAAGUUUUUAAAAUAAAAUGACAAUUUAGAAGCAUGAAGUUAUUUACCAGACUUUUUUAUUACAAUUGCGUAAUAUAGAUUUGCUGCUAUAAUCUUAGUCAUGUGACCGUGUAUGAAAAAUUGUUUUACCCAUAGGUUAUAGAGUACGCUAAGAACACGCGAGGCUUAAAAGGCUGACUAGAAUAACCACCAUUGGUGUAUAGGAUGCCAUGUUUCCAUAACUUAUAGAAUAAUAUUAGCACCACUUUAAUAUAAGUUAAUAAUGCGUUUUAAAUAAAGUUAAAGAAUCUCCGGGUUUACAGAAACACCUCAUGGUUUAAUUAAUAUUAUCAUAUAAUAUAAAACAAAACAUAAUUUCGUAUUGAUUUCAUUAAUUUAUUAUUUUUAAAAACGUCUAAACGCAUUCCCACUUAUAUGUAAUAAUGAUACGUGGAAAUGUACAUUAAUAAGAAUUUAAAUUAUUAAAGGAUCAAUUUAGUGUUUAAUGAAUUGGAUUGUUUAUGCCAAAGAAGUUAUGUUUUUAUAAAGGACAGUUUAAUAUUAAGUUUAAGGGUUAAUAUUCACUUGUGACAUGUUUAACUAACUUUCUGUGAUAAACAUAAUAUUAUAAAAAAUUAAAAAUAUUUUAUUUA